UAUCAUAAAUAGGUGAAAAAUUAUUAUUAUAUAUUUUUAUAAACAAAUAAUUAUUGUUAAUUAUAAAUAGAUAACCAUUCAUCAUGACAAAUAUAAUUUCUUAAAAAAAUGAUAAAUAAUAAUAUUUUAUUCCAUAAUAUCUCAUAUACCUCUACAAAACUACCAAAAGAAAAGGGGAAAAAGAAAGCUUAUGUGAAGGAGGAGUUUUAACUUGUAAAAGAGAGGAUAUUAAAAAAUAUAAAAAAAAAAUCUCUCACGGGUAGGAAAAAAGUUAUAGAAAAAAAGGAUCGGUUGAACUUUGAAGGAAAUAUAAAAAAAAAAUCUCUCACGGGUAGGAUUGGGGGAGAGGGGAGAGAGACAGAAUUCUGAUGGGAGAAGGAGAUUUAAAUGCUGACGUGGAGGCAUGUAUGGCAAUAGAUUUUGAAUCCCAACACUGACAGUUUGGGAAUAUGUUUAAAGGUAUUUUUAGAUUUUAGAUUAGAUAGAUAGAUAGAUAGAUAUGAGUAUAAAAAAUUAGUGAAUUAAGGGGUUUAUGGUUUUGGCGAUAGUUAAAUAGAUGCAUUGCCAUCAAUGCAUGCAUAAUAACAUACAUGUAUAUAAGAAACUCGGUGUAUUGUAGUUUGUAUCCAUUGGUUUAUGUGAUAAUUAUUGUGUUAUUUAAAUAAGUUAUCUUACUUUUUGGGUGAAAUGUCACUUUUACCCUUUGUUUGUAAUUUGUGUCAUAUCAAGCAAAUCAUUUUGAGUGAUAAUUUGUGUCAUAUCAAGCAAACAAUCUCACAAAAAACUUGAGAUUUAACUAUCACUCAUUUUGAGUAAUAGUUUGUGUCAUAUCAAGCAAACAAUGCAUGUAUUGUUUGUGUAGAAAAUUCAAAAUAACGAUGCAUUGUGGACAAUGCAUGUAUUGUAACUAUUUCAACCCAACAAUCACUAAAACCAAACCACCCCUAAAUAUGAGUGCAGGCUGUAAUUAUCUGUCUUUGACUACUGAAUUGGAUGAUUUAGAGAAUCACAUCUACCAUACAGGGAGGGACGCUUUGAUUGGGGUUUAUUACUUGUAGGAAACGUUCAACAGAAGAACACAAUGUGGAAUAACACACCUGGGAAUUGAAGCAGUGGAAGCCGCAACAACAGUUUCCCCUAUUUAAUCGACAUCACCGCGUCCACUGGAAAUUUCUUUUUCCUCUGAACUCUCUCUAAAAACCCCCUCUUCCAGGCAGUCGUGGGAGCUGCCGCUGGUGCCUCUCCGGCGACCGGUGGCAGCUCUCCGCCCUUUUUGUUUUUCUGCUGUCCUUUCCGUUUUCCCAGCUCUGGUUCCUUGCUUUGUUUUCAUUUUUCUGCAUUUUCGAGUCCUUGUUGCUUUGCUUUCAUGCAUGUUUCCUCCUCCCCUUGUGGGUUGUUGUCCUUCCCCUCUGAUGGGUUGAUUUUUGGCCCUCUGUUCUGGUGAUGCAGAACUAGAGAUGAUUGUCCGAUCUAAGAUGCAAGGAGGCUAGAUCUGAUUUCAUAUCUGGCUUGUCUUCUCCUCUCCUUUCCAAAAUCUACCUCCUUGCUCUCACCUUGCAGAUCUUGGUGGUUCGGAGAUGCAGCCCUUGGCGACGGAUGCGGUCUGGAGAGCUUGAAGACAGAAGAUCGUCUCCCCUCUACUUCCUCCGUUGUCCGACUGUUCGAGUUUGUUUGGCUUCCCAUGGGAUCGUGCGGCGGGAGGCGGACGUUUCGAGCGGCUUGGGGUGGGUUUCGUUGAAGAUCGUCUCUCCACCAGCCUGCCAUCCGGGUGGUGGAUCCUUUUCCUCUGCUUUCUCUUCCUCUAAUGUGGAGGCGUUGUUUGGUUCUUGUCAUUCGACGACAGUGGCGGCGGUUCCAUCCUUGGCGGCGGAGUUUCUAGAGGGGAGCAGUGGCUGCUAGGGUUAGGGUUAGAAAAUGUUUGUUUGGUCCUGGUCUUUGGGCCCUAUUGGGUUCCAGGCUUGCUGGGCCUUGUUUUUUCUGACUUUUAACCCUUGUAGUAUACUGCUUGUAUCUUUUCCUUUGGGCUUGCCCAUUGCAUUCUUAAUGAACCACACUUUCAAAAAAAAAAAAAAAACAGUUUCCCCUAUUUAGGAUGUUGUUGUCAAGCACAGAAGGGGAAACGUCGACUUCAGAGAGUACAAUGUCGGCGGGAUAAAAAAAAAGAGAUAUAAAGUCGGCUGUUGAACGUGCGGAGUCUGGUCGCUGGGAUCAAGUCAAAAUAGGUAGAAUCACAGAGAAAGGAGUGGGGUUGGAAAGCUUGCGAGGGAGCGGCGUCAAUGGAAUGGUAUUUGCGAUAACGGAACCGACUGAGAGCUCAUGCAGGAAGUGAUAAUCGUGAAUAAAAUGGCAAGGGGAAGAUGGAGGAGGUUUGAUUUGGAAAUUGCCCGGCAAACUUCCGGCGGCAGAUUUGGGAAUUGGGGACAACAAAUGCCUGCAAUUGAAGGGGAAGAGGGUUCGUUGGGCUUUUUUUUCUUUUCUUUCUUGGAAGAUGUCGUUGGGGUUGGGAACGGAGAAGGAAGUCUGAUGGGGAAGAUAUUAGUUGACGUGGAGGGUUGGAUGGCGAGAAAAUUUGAAUCCCUAAAUGGCAGUUCUGGAAAACGCUUAAUAUUUUCUUUAGAUUCUUUGGGCGGGUAUAAUUAUUAGGCUUUCAAAUUGACCAGAACCAUAUUCCAUUAGUAAUAUUUCUGUAACAAUAAAAAUAUUUGUAAUCU